CUCGCAUCUCGACGUUACUCUCUUCGUGGCUCCUCAUCCUCUUCGCAGGAGCGGCGAUCAUGCACGUCUGGCUCAGAUCAUCCCCACGAGCCAUCGUCCUCGUCAACAACAACAACAAGGGACAUCCAGCCUCAGCAUCGGCCCUCGUCAUUUCGACAGCGGCUGCCAGUCAUGAAGCUUCCUCAUCGACGAGCCCAGCGAGGGCCACUGUCCACUUGCAUACACUCGCAGAGGUAGACUUGGAUUCAUGCGUUAGGCUGACAGAGGGGUAUCAAGAGGCGGCGGGUUGUCUAGGGCUGAUCAACGUCGGGAAUGACCUCUUCGUCGCCGUCGUCACACGCGCUUCACCUAUCGGCGCUAUUCGACCAGAGGAGAAAGUCAUGUCGAUCAGUGGCGUAGCCUUCUAUUGCGUCAAUCGUCCAACCUGGGACGGCCUGGACGCCCCUCCUGACCUGCAACACCCGGGCAUCGGCACCUCUACAUCGGGAUCCACCCUCGACCCGUACGACGCCAUCCUCCCUUCUCAGACACCCGCAGCAGCAGGCAAUACCACCCCUGGAGCAGCUGAGCAUCCUUGCACUAGCCUCAAGAGACUGCUAAGCGCAGGCUCAUUCUACUACGCGGCAGAGGGUGCCUUCGACCUCUCUACCCGAUUGGAUCGGCGUGUGGGGAGGAACGUGGCGACGCACGAUAUUUCUCGGUACGAUGGGCGCUUUGUCUGGAACACGUUCAUGAUCGAGCCACUCAUGGACUUCCGCAGUCGACUGGACGCAGACGAGCGGGCGCGGUUGGAUGGGCACGGCUUCUUCCUCCUCGCCAUUCAGGGGUACGUCGCCGUCUUCGACAUGUCGAAGCCGGUGCUGGUCAAUACGCCAGCAGAGUCGACAACAACAGGCCUGUCAGCAGACGAGAAGCACCCCACGACCAGUUUAGCAAUCGUCAGUCGCCUCAGCUGGAAACGCGCCGGCACUCGAUUCUACACGCGAGGGGUCGACGAUGAUGGAAAUGUGGCCAAUUUUGUCGAGAGUGAGACCAUAUUCUGUCACGAGGGAGUCACAACAAGCUACGUACAGCUACGAGGGUCGAUCCCAUUGUUCUGGGAGCAACAAGGUCUCCAAGCCUUCUCGCCUCGCAUUCAGAUCACUCGCUCCCGUCAAGCCUCGCAGCCAGCCUACGAUAGGCACUUUGCCGAUCUACUCUCCCACUACUCGCGGGUGCACGCUUUGAACUUGCUAGGAACAAGGGACGCCGAGCAAGUCCUUUCCUCGGCCUAUGCUGAGCACAUGCGCCAUUCCUCUGCCGUAGAUUCGGCCGCUCCUCCGGAACAAGAUCCUGAAGACGUAGCAGCGGCCGCCGCGAGCUUUGGAGACGAUACAGAGCGAUUAUCCAUCACCAACUUCGACUUCCAUACUGUCAGUCGGAAUGCUGGCGGCCUGGACGGAUUGAGGGGAGAGCUGAAACUCUUGGGGCCCGUGAGGCUGAAGAGGGAGGCAUUUAGUUGCACCAUUGUUGAUAGCGCGGGAGAUGUCAGGAGAAGGCAGAGGGGGGUGUUCAGGACUAAUUGUCUUGACUGCCUCGACCGCACCAAUGUCGUCCAAGCUCUCCUCUCCGAGACAUUGCUCGAAGACUUCUUCGACCGCGCUUCUCGCAUGCGCGACACUUUCCAACCUUUCACAGGCCCUGCCCAUCCAAUUUGGUCGCACCAUCGCGUCCUCUGGGCCGAGAAUGGGGAUGCGCUGUCUCGCAUCUACGCCGGCACGGGCGCGCUCAACACGACCUAUACCCGCACAGGGAACGCAAAGAAGACUCUAGGCUCCUUCCUCAGUGACGCAGCGAAGAGUGCUGGUCGUAUGUAUAUCAACAAUUUCCAGGAUAGGGGCAAACAGAACGUCAUUGAUGCCUUGCUGGGGAACAUGGCCAACCAGCGGUCCGUGGAGGUGUAUGAUCCACUGCAUGACGGCGUAGCUGCGGAGCUGAACUCGAGGCUGGAUGAGUUUGCGACAAAGGAGGAGAUUACCGUCUUCACAGGUACAUGGAAUCUCAACGCUCGGCCACCUGGUAAUGAAUCGUUGCUCCCUUGGCUCUGCCCUAGCGGUGAAGAGGUGGAACCGGACAUCUACGCACUCGGCUUCCAGGAGAUCGUGCCCCUCUCACCGCAGCAGAUCUUGCUUACCGACCCGGCGAAAUUGCGCGUCUGGGAGGGGGUCAUCAUGGAUGCACUGGAACGGCGUGCAAGCAGCAGCAAAGAGAAGAAGGGCGAGUAUGUGAUAGUGCGCAGCGAGCAGCUGGUUGGUACUGCCCUCGUGCUCCUCGUCAAGAGCACACACCUCAAUAAGAUCCGCAGCGUCGAAGCCACGAGCCGCAAGACUGGCUUGAAAGGCAUGUCAGGAAACAAGGGCGGUGUAGCCAUCCGACUCAAUUUCAACGACUCGACGCUGUGUUUUGUCACGGCUCAUCUCGCCGCUGGCCAUUCGAAUGUCGACGAGCGCAACGACGACUACUGGACCAUCUCGCGCGGCUUGACCUUCCAGCGCGGUCGAACAUUACAGGGCCACGACCACGUCUUUUGGCUCGGUGACUUCAACUACCGCAUUGAUAUGCCCAAUGAGCGGGCACGCUAUCUCGCCCGCCAAAGGGACAUAGGCACGCUUUACGAGCACGAUCAGCUGCACAGGAGUCGUGGAUUAGUCUUUACUGGAUUCGAAGAGGGGCCGAUUCGUUUCCUGCCGACAUACAAGUACGACGUGGGCACGGAGAAUUACGACUCAUCCGAGAAGCAACGUGUGCCGGCGUGGACGGAUCGGGUGCUCUAUUCGGUCAACAAUGUCGGGUCAGCUGGAGGAGGCGAGGGGCAUCAGCUGCGUCAGAUGGUCUACGACCGCGCUGAGCUCAAGACGUCCGACCAUCGGCCGGUCUAUGCGAUAUUCAGGGCGGAGGUGAGGGUAUUUGACAAGGAGAAGCGUAACAGGAUGCGAAAGGAGAUCCUGAUGAGGGCGUCCAAGGGAAGCAUGGCCGGCAGAGGGACCAAUGGGCAGCAUCGCGGUGAUGAUGAUGACGACGAUGACGACGAUGACGACGAGCUGGACCUGCCCGACCCCAGCUCGCCAAUCACUUCAAGCAGCGGUAGGGCGAAUUGGUUUGACUCACGUGCGGCGAGCGGGACGUCGGAAGUUGACGAUGGCGAGGACGAGGACGAGAAGAGCGGCGACGAUGAGGAUGGCAACCCUUUCCUCGCUGGCGGGGUAGGCCUCGACGCGCGCCGUCGCAUAGAGGAGGCCAUGGCCACCUCCUCCUCCUCUCCUCGGUCAUCGACCUCGACGAGCGGCCGUGCACCGCCACCGCCACGCCCGCCCAAGCCAGCCUCCGUAACGAUGAACCCUCGCAAGUCACAGGAUGAUUUUUACCUUUCGACGGGCACAAAUCCAGCGCCGAUGACCUCAGCAUUGCCUGCAGGGGUACAGGUCAGCGAUACAGAGGGCGCCAGAAAUAAGCCCUCUGUCCCUCCUCGGCGGCCGGCUAUGCUGGCUCGCAGCACCAGCUACGGUGGGGCAGACGUCGUCGGGAGAGAGCAGAAGAGCCUGUUGGACGAUUGAGCAGAGAGAGAGCAAAUAAUACCACGAAGCUUUGGUCUGUC